AUGUCUCAAAGAGGGAACAAAUGGCCUCGUCGGGGACAUAAGGCCGAUAGAAUGGGCCAGAAUACGGAUAAUGAUCAAGAAAAAACGUCGACGGUAACCUUAAAUUUUACGUGGACAUGAAUACAAUAAUCACGUUUGCGAUGGUGAUGGGAUUAUGCGCGGCUGUUCCACAGUAUUACAUUCCCUCGGGAUUCUUGUAUCAACAUCCGGCGAACGUACUGAACUCAGCAGUCGAAGACACCCUGCCGAACGAAUUGCGAAAUGACUUUUAUAAAAACCCGCUAAUCGCCGCCAGGCUCGCGAAGGAAUCAUGGCUUUUGAAUAAAGAGACGCAGGUAAUCGAUCGUGAAACGGAUAAAAUCCCACGAGAGAAAGUAUAUAACGUACUUCGCAAUGCAGGACUUGUGCGAAAAUGAGAAUAAUAAAGAAUUCUUUUUAUAAUUUGUGUAGUUCUUUGAAUUUUUAUGACGAUCCUCUUACUGUGUCUCCUUCGUUACUAAAA